UACACACAGGAAAGUAGGUGAACUAAUGUGAGCCUCCUGUUAAUUUCAUUCUUUGGGGGAAAUGGGAAACAGAGAUUAUUUGCUUAUCUAUCUGGGGAAACUGAGGCUCAGGAAGGGUUGGUACCUCAUCUGAGGCUUCCCCCUGAAUGGGAACAGAUGCCUACCUGUGUAUCUCUGCUAAGGGAAUGAUGCCAUAGAUUUUUUUUUCAUGUGAUUUUCACCCUACUCAUCUUGCAAGUAACCAUUGUGAUAAAACUUACCUGUCGCAUCCAUACCUCCUCAGGAAUGGUCACAGUAUCUGUACAGGCAAAUUGGCAUCAUGGGAGAUGAAACAAGCAAAAACCUGGUUGAUGUGGAAGACACUGUAUAGCAUGGGAGCGCUGGAGUAGGUGAAGAGAGCUGGGCUCAUGCCUGGGAAGUGCCUUUGACCCACUCUGAAUGCAAUGCAGGCAGAAGCAAGAGAGCCUUCUCACCCUAUCCUCUCCCUGUCUCUACAACUCUCCAUCAUCUCUAGUCUUUCCUGUCCAUCACCUUAGGGAACUCACAUCCUUCAGAACUCCAGUAGAGGCAAACACACCACUAGCUGGUAUUAACAAGCAACUCUCACAGGAUCAUUUCAAAAUGAACAAGUAUCAACAGACACUUGCCCAUAUGGGGAGGGGUGAUGAGGGGGUUAGAGAGAACACAGGGUAGGGGAUGAUAGACUUUCGAACGUGUUCUAAACAAAAAUGGACAAAGAACAAAUGUAAUUAGUUUUUAAAGCCAUCCAUGUCCCACUGGGAAGAGUGGGACAGGAGGAGGAGGAAAGCCUCGCUCUACCACAGUAGGUGUGGACACCGUUCUCAGGUAUUUGGGGCCUCCAGGCUGUCUGGCUCUCACAUCACAAAAUAAGGAAGGCAUCCUCUUCCAGGAUCACAGGACCUCUGACCGCAAAUCCACCCAGGGCACACGUCUCGGCCACAUAGCCUUGCUGAUCCCAGCAAUGCCCAGUCCAACGAACAGUGAUGUCAUACUGUUUGGGUUGGGAUCAUUCCUGAACCGUGAAGCAGUUAAGAAAUAUCCUGCCCCACUGGCUGCUAUGCUCAUAAAGGAGGACCCACGUGUACUUCCUUCUUGUUCCAAGACGCACCAGCUCAUGCAUUCGCUCACACCCAGAGGGAGAGACAGCACAGGACUGCCACCUCCCAUGCAAAUCACCUCCAGGAGUGCAGCUGGGCUCCUCCCGCUGCUCCUGGGCAAUGCUCCUGGGUAGACCUUGUACAAGAUGCCAUCUCGGGCGCUGUGUAUUUUUCCUCAUUGUGGCUCUUUUGGUCGACGCUGUGGGCCUGGUCCUUUUGCUGCUGGGAAUCUUUGCUCCACUAAACUACUGGGACUUCUUUGUCUACACGGGAGCUCUGAUCCUAGCCCUGAGCCUACUGUUCUGGCUUGCCUGGUAUUCCUUCAAUAUCGAGGUCCCUCUUGAAAAGCUGGACUUUUAGGGGAGCCAUGGACAAGAGAGAAACAGGUGGCAUAUGCAGCUGUGAACCUGAGACCCUGGACAUGAAGCCCCCACACAGAACGCCCCACUAAGACCAGCAUGGGUCUGUCUGGCACAGAAGAAUCAAAUCAAGGCAUGCGGUCUUUGCAGCUCACCCUCUGAUAGUAUCCAAGAGGGACCCAGAUGCUGCGAUGAUGAAGCUUUCACAUCACCCACCAGGAUAGCCACAAAUGACUGUGAAUACCAAGGCUCUCUCUGAAGCCCAAGUUCCCAGUGCCAAACCGCUGCUACUGCUGCCUCUACUCCAGAAGGUUGUGGAGGACCAAGAAGCCAUGAUGCUCCACCAGUGGGGCUUUUAUAAGGACCACUCCACUCCAGGCUUAGAUACCAAAGAAACCUCUGGCCAAAGUCUUUUCAAAGAACUGCCGACUGAAAUUAAGCACAGACAACCCAAUUGGGGUCUCCCAUGAGCAUGCACCACACAGUAAUGUUGGCAUGUCCCUUUGACGUUCACUAGACUCCAAGUGCCUGGUUCCUCUUCACCCCACCACCCAGGGGAUAUACAGAGGCUGAUUCCAACAUGGAGACCACAACAUGAAUGCACAGGCAGCAGUGAGCACACAGAGACUCUCUUUACUGGGGAACAUGCUGGCACUGUUCACACAGGCCUAUCUAGGUGUAGAGCCGGCACAUGGGGGCUGCUCACAUCGCACUCCAGGUCACCUGAAACCUCCAGGUACUUUCUCUGAUAAGCACAGUAAGACUCGCUGUGCUGUCUGGAUGUUGUCCAUGACUUAAAGGAUAAAACUACAUUUCUAGUCCAAAUUACAUGUAGUCUACUGCAGCCUGGCCCCGGAAUCUACUGAAGACCAUCAUUCCAGGGGCAAUCACAAAGAUGUCAUCCAAGCUAACCUGUGCUACUAAUUUAUAUUCCCCAUGGUCUGAUUUUGUACUCGAUAUUUAUAUUAUGCACUGAAUGUACAUGUUUCCUUUAAGGUGUCUCGCAUUAUGUAUGGUAUGGGGUAUUUACCUACAGAAAGAAGUGGACACAUUGUUAUGUGUGUGGCAUGAUGUGAUUCUGAGUCUGCACAGUGACAUAAUCUCCUCACACCCUCAGCUUUAGGGCGCUGUCUUCCCAUUUAUUUAUCCCAGGAGUCUACUUUGAGGAUGCUGCCACCAUCCUCCAAGGGAACACACAGAGCACAGGGGUUAGCCCCACCAGGUAGACGAUUCUGGCAUCUCUGGGAUCAUCCAGCAGCUUGGCUCCUCAGUAUUAGGAUGGACUCAGAAACCUGAAAAGACGUCAUGAAAAAUAUCCCAUUUAAAAGAAAGGUUGAGCUCCUAUCCAGAACCUACCUUGGCCUCCUUCAUUCCUAACCCUAUUGGUAGUGCUUGUUGGAAAUGUGUGGAGAGGAGCUGACCCCAUACCAGGGAGAGACCAGCUCUUAUUACUUGAGGUACUGCUAUUCAUACAGUAAUAUAUGAGGCUAGUAACCAAAGUCCCUAGGAAGACCCUAUGCUGGAGUCCCCUAAGUUCUCUUCAUGAGACCUACACAACUGGGUAUUUCGUUGUGGCGGCGGCUGCUGCUGUGGUUGUUUAAUUCUAGAAAUGGAACCAGUCUCUACUUCUUUGGGCUGGGUACCAAAUGCAGUCUCUGCCUCUCACUCAGCCACAGCCUCAUCCACACUCACAGGGGAAAACUAGGCUCACACUCAGCCCAGAGCAUAUGUGCACACCAAAGACAGACUGAAAGAGCUAAGAGCAUCUGCCCUGGCUGAUUCCCACCUCACACGAAGUCCUCACGGCAGGGAAUCCCAGAUGCCAUUUGCACCUGUUUUUCUCCCAGCUCUCUGUCUAGUAACUCGCAAGAUAAAGACAGUUCGGUGUGUGUAUGCUGGUCUGCAAAGAGGGCAUGAGCUUGACUCCUGAAUCAUCUCCCUAAUUAGUGAACACGCUAUUACAGGUCAGAGCAUCUGAUCAUGGCCUUGGAGAGCAAGUGUCCAACAAUCCGAGAUAGCACAUUCCAGCUGGCUAUCCCUGAUUAACACCAUAGAAGAAACUGUUGAUUCACAGAGAAGAGCUCCUGAAAUUCAUCAAAUAUCUUGCUCCGGGGAGUGGGGGGGAUGGGGGGGAGGGUGAUUCUGCUAGAACAAAGCUCAGUCCACAGCUGCACAUUUACAGAGACAAAGCUCUGUAACUCCUUAGGAUGGACACUUCCCCAACUGCCUAGAUUCUCUUGAAUGCAGUUUCAGGUUCAGUGAACCUGGAGAGGGUCUAAGAUUCUUCCUAAUAAAAUUUCAGGUCUUCCCUUUGCCACUAAUGCUUGUGACAGGCCAAAGAGCAGAGAUCUCCAAAGACUUAGCCAUCUUAGAGAGAGGAAAACACACAUGUGAGGUAGUUCUCCCAAGUGCGCAAGGGGCUGAAAGUGGCAGGUCCAGGUUUGGAGCCCAGGUCUCUCUGCUGUCAAUCAAAUCCUCUUUUCCCUCUGGGAAUGGCUGACUGGCUUCUCCCCAGCCAUACAGAGCCUCAGGCAGAAACAAGCAAACAAAACAGCACAAGCCAGGGGAAAUGAGGCAGAUGAGUCAUGCAACUUCAUACCUCCGGCUUCAACCUGGCUGUGCUCUGUAAGGGAAUGAGCAGGACUCCAGGCUGCUCUGUGUCACCCCAGAUGCCAGGGUGUUGAAUGCACAGGUGCUCAUUAUGCUGGCAGGGCUUGAAGAGAGAGAGGGCAGGGGAGGGUUGGGACGGGCAGGGGGAUUAAGCCAAUUUACAUUUUAUCUGCCACCCUUCAGACUCAUCUUAUCAGCCCUCACAAGACAGGUUCCCUAGAGAGGCAACUGGCCUUUUCCAUGCAACUGAAUUCACUACCCUCCUCCUGCCUCUUAGAGACUUUUGUAGGUGUUCUCCAUCAACAAGGAGAUGAUGACAGUGACAUCAUAAUCCCAACAAUCAACUGGGAUUCAGCAUUGGCUGUUUGAGACUUCUAUAACCCCCUAAGCGAGCAGAUACCUGAGACAGUAACCCUUCCCUUUUGUAGAAAUCAAAGUACAGAGCUGUUAUAAUCUUGAGUCAUCUCAUCGGGCUCAUGGUGACUCUAGGACUGCAAGGCAUAGUGUUUAAAAGCCAUUUAAAGAAGUCUAUUGCUAGUCAUCAAGUCUUCACGUAAACACAUGCACGUGGCUUAUCAGAGAUAGGUCCCAUAAAGUCUGGGGGACAAGGACAUACUAGUGGGAAAGAUGGUUCACUCCCAAACAUUUGUCUCAAAGCUCCCUACAUUCGACUCGUUUCUUAGUGCAAUUAAGUAGGUGGGAAGGAGGGGAGCUUAUCAUGGCUGGAGUGGGAGCUGACUCUAUUACAGUUGAUGGGGGUUCAGAAAUGUUAUUUAUACGAAGGGCCAAAGAGCCUGGACAAAGACCAACCCUGAGGAUAAUGAAGUUAGAAAGACAAGCCUGACCCUUUAGGGAAAGGGAUGUUUUAUGGGUUUCUUCUGCUUCUGCCCUCAUCAAGGAUCCAUGUUUAUUCUCUGAGGACACCACUGGGUCUACAUCCAGCAUCCACUUGGGUUAUAUUAGUUCAGGAGACAUGGUGAUCAUCUGGCAGAAAAAUGAAACAGUAGGUGCCAACUAACAGAUAACUGAAUCUGUUUAUGAGACAAAUCAUCUAUUCCAAGACUCCCAGAAGUUUCCUGGCAAGGUAGACACACAAGGAUGGAGGCCAGCCAAGACAACAAGGGGGUUGACCAAACACCCAUUGUCAGAGACACUGGGAUGAGAAGCUUAGACUGUCAGAACCUGACUGUGGGUCUAGGAUGGCCAAUUCUGCUCUGUGAGAAAGCUCUCUGUGUCUAUCCAAGCACCAAAUAAAUGGAUGCCAGUAGUGGCUGACUUUACAGCCUUAAAAA